AUGUUGUCAAAGUGGACUAUCGACAGUUCAAGAUGUCACAUCGUUGUUACUGACAAUGCGAGCAACAUGACAAAUGCCGUGCAGUUGGCCGGUUUGACGGGCAGCCCAUGCUUCAUUCACACACUGCAGUUAGCGAUCAGCGAUGCCAUCUUUUCCCAAAGAAGUGUCAGCGACAUGAUUGCCAAGGCGAAACAAAUGGUCACACACUUUCGUCACUCGGCGCUCGGAAGUAGCAGGCUAGCAGAACUCCAAAGUGAUCUGGGUCUUCCAAAGAAAAAGUUGAUUCAGGAUGUGGCGACAAGAUGGAAUUCCACUUACUACAUGUUGGACAGGCUGUUGGAGAAUAAGAGGGCUGUCACACUCUACUCUGCUGAAACACCAACCACAACUCUUUCGCCCAACAAGUGGUCGUUGAUGGAGAAGGUCCUUCGCUUGCUUCAACCGCUCAAGGAAUACACUAAGCUGAUGAGCAACAACAAUUCGUGCAUAUCCGAAGUGAUUCCCGCCAUUACAGUGUUGAAGAAAUUUUUAAGCAGAGAUGACGGCGAGAAGACAGCUGGAGUACGCACAAUGCGCGAUGAGCUGAGCAGUGCCUUGGAAAGAAGAUUCCAAUCAACCUUUUCCAACAAGAAUUUCGUGUUGGCUACAACUAUUGAUCCAAGAUUCAAAACAAAGUUUUGUAAAGAUGAUGGUCGUUCUACGCUGAUUGAUGAGCUCAAUUCUGGCCAAGAUUCCUCAGAGUCCGUUACGUCAAGCCCAAAGGAGAAAGAGUCGACACCUGACAUAGAAGAUGCAGAAGAGUGUGGUAAUGUUGAUACAUGA